AGAAGCUUUGUGGGGGGAAUCCCUCAACUUCAGCUGCCAGCAUGCUGUGAUGUAGAGUCAGCAAAGCAUGGCAAAGGGAAGCAUCUUUCAACCAAAAUUGUUAUAGCCAUAAGCAUUACUGGUGUUUCUUGCUUGGCUUUCAUAGUGGCUUCAGUUCUCCUCUAUGGGAGAAAAACGGCUGUAAUGAAGCCUUCUUCCACCUUUUUAAGAUAUGGAUACUUGAGGGUUUCUUACAAAGAGCUCCUCAAAGCAGCUAGUGGAUUUGCUUCUUCCAACUUGAUUGGCAUGGGAAGUUUUGGUUCCAUAUACAAAGGAAUUCUAAUUCGAGGUGAAAGACCUGUUGCAGUGAAGGUACUGAACCUUCAACACCGUGGAGCUACCAAGAGUUUCAUGGCUAAGUGCAAGGUCCUCAGGAAUAUUCAGCUUCGGAAUCUCCUUGGAUUCAUAACUUCAUGUUCAAGUGUGGACAACAAAGUUUGUGAUUUUAAGGCUCUAGUAUUUGAGUUCAUGCCUAAUGGGAACCUAGAUAGCUGGCUGUAUCAUGAAUCUAGAAAUUUAAGCUUCAGACAAAGAUUGGAUAUCGUAAUUGAUGUGGCUAAUGCUCUGGAUUAUCUUCAUCACCAAUGCCAGACGCCAAUUGUUCAUGGUGAUCUAAGGCCAAGCAAUGUUCUUCUUGAUGAUGACAUGGCUGCCCAUGUUGGGGACUUCGGGUUAGCCAACCUCCUUCCUGAAGCUAACGAGAUUCUGAGUAGUGGUCUGUAGGUUUUCAUUGAAACAGAGUGUGGAAACUCUUUGGAAGCAAUAGAACGUUGAGGAAUCUGAAGUUCUUAAUUUUAUUAAGCUUCAAACCACUUAUUUAUACAACUAGCUUAAAACAGAAAAACAUAAAAAUAGCAACAAACCUGCUACCUAUAGAUAAUUCCUAAAGAAUAGAAACAACCAACAAACUUCCUAAGAAAUAGGUAAAUCUUCCACAUGACUAACUUAUUUGACUACUUCCACUUCAAUCUACUCAGCUCCAUGUCAGCAGCUCCUAUGACAUGUCAUUCAACACUCCUCCUUGUCUUUGGAGCUGCAAACUCCAAGCCUUUGCCUUAAGAACUCAUAUCUAGCUUUGGGAAGUGGUUUGGUUAAGAUAUCAGCAUUCUGACUUUCUGUUUUACAGUAGACCAACUGAAUUUCUCCCUCCUUCUGUACCUCUCUUAGGAAAUAGAGUUUCAACUUGAAAUGUUUUGUUUUUCCAUGGAACACCGGAUUAUUUGCAAUUGAAAUUGCAGCUUGGUUAUCUACGAGUAUUUGUGUGCUUUCAUUUUGCUCCAUAAGCAAGUCAGCCAUUAAUUUCCUAAUCCAGAGAGCCUGAUUCACAGCAGCGGCAGCAGCUACAUAUUCUGCUUCUGCUGUAGAUUGAGCUAUGACUUCUUGCUUUUUGGAACACCAUGAAAAAAUAGCAGAACCAAAGCUGAAACAAUAACCUAAAGUACUUCUCAUGUCAUCAACACAACCUGCCCAAUCACUAUCUGAAUAACCAUGGAGAGUAAAGUUUUUAACUUGACAAAACCUCAGACCAUAGUUAAUUGUACCCUUGACAUAUCUAACAAUUCUUUUUGCUGCUUGAAAGUGAAUUUCACUAGCACAAUGCAUGUACCUUGAGAGUAAACUUACAACAUUCAUAAUAUCUGGUCUAGUUGCCGUUAGGUACAUCAAGCACCCAAUAAUGGUCCUGUAAAGCCUUUCGUCAGCUUUUGCAGCUCCAUUUUUUUUGCAAAACUUCUCAUUUUGAUUCAUUGGAGUUGCACUUGGAUUGCACUCUUCCAUCUUGAACUUUUUCAGGAUUUCCUUGGCAUAUUUCUGUUGACAUAUGAAGAUCUCAUUCUGCUUUUGUUGUACCUCCAUGCCAAGAAAGAAUGUCAUCCUCCCAAGAUCAGUCAUCUCAAAAACAUCCUUCAUUUCCUUUUUGAAAUUGCCAAUUUGCUUCAUACUGCUUCCUGUCACAAGUAGAUCAUCAACAUAUAAAGAUACCACAAGUGUUUCAUCACAAACCUUCUUGAAGUAUAGAGUAAAUUCACUUAGGCUUUUUGUAAAGCCUAACCCUAACAAAUGUGAAUCAAUCCUACUGUACCAUGCCCUUGGUGCCUAUUUUAAACCAUACAAGGCCUUUUUCAGCAAAUAUACUUUAUCCUCCAUUCCUUUAACAAUAAAACCUUCAAGCUGCUCCACAAAAAUUUCUUCCUCCAAGUAUCCAUUCAAGAAGGCUGAUUUGACAUCCAUCUGAUGUAUAUUCCAGCCCUUUUGAGCAGCAAGAGCCAGGAACAUUCUUAUAGUGUCCAAUCUAGCAACUGGGGCAAAAGUCUCAGAGAAAUCCAC